AUGAAGUUAACAAUCUGUCAAAUUGCUAAAUUAUUUCUGCUGUUGACAGCCUUCUUCUUUCUCAAUUCCCACAACGUCUCCUCCACAUUGACAUUCACCACCACCACCAACAGCAGCAGCAACAGCAACACCAACACCAACACCACCGCCAUCAGCAACCUCACGGAGCCAAGAACAUUGCUUGUCCAGCAGACCACAACGCAAGCUGGCAAACGAGAAUUUGAACGUCAGACACGUCAACAGCAAAAGCCCGCAACACAACAGCAACAUCAACAAGAACCGCGACAACCACGUCAACGCCGACAACAGAAGCAACAACAACAACAACAACAACGUGAGGCAUCUGCAGCAGGUUCUGUGGCACAGCGUGUAGCUGUUUUAAUACCUUCAUCGUUGCACAUUGAUAUGAUGCAUGUGCAACAGGGCUUCCAGCAUUUUGUAGAGUUUUUUCAAGUGCAUUUAUCUAACGCCAGCGUCGAUUUUCUGCAUGAUGUUGAUUUAAGUGGCUUCAUUAAAUUACUUGAGCUACCCAAAUACACGAGCGUUGUAAAGACUUUAAAUGCGGGCAUUAAUGUAGACACCGACGUGGACUACAAUGAUGAUGGCAAAGGAAAAGGCAAAGGCGAUGGCGUUGACCCAACAAAGCAGCCGCGUCAGCAGCAGCAGCAAACCCAAAUGAAACUGAAACAGUUGUCAGCAGACAUUUUAUCAGCAUCGGCACAGCAGGCCAAAAAACAACAACACGAACAACUAGAACAUCAAAAACAUCAGGAGCAGGAGGAGUAUACCCGUAGCUUGGGUCACUGCCACCAACUGGCUGAACAACUUGCUCACGAUUAUAAUAAAAGCGUCAUCUUCUGGCCCUGUCCUCAAAUGAAGAUCUCGAGCAAUUUUCUGCCAUCUUUCGAGGCAAUUUCCUUGGCCGUGCGAAGUAUUUCCAGCAAGUUGAAUUGGACGCAGGUUGACAUCUAUGUUGGCGACGACAAUUGGGGCCUACCAUUGGCCAUCGCGACCAACUUGCAUAUACCUUAUCGCAUUGAAAUUGGCGGCAGAGUACGUGACCUGCAUGAACAGGAUAACCCAGGACGAGCAAUUAUUAUUACGGCACCUCUGAAUGAUGAUAGCACGCUGCAUUGGCUGCUAAGUAAAGAAUGGUCCAAACAGCAGCACACAAAAGUUGUACUCAUCGAUAUUGUGGCCAGCUCAUUGAAUGUCGAGCAUCGUUUCUACAAAUAUUUGGCACGCAGUGGCAAUGCCAAUGACUAUGGCGGUGGUAAUAGUACUGGUAAUGGCCAUGGUAGCAACCGACAGUUGCCCGUGUCCGGACUGGUGACCAGCAAUCUGUUGGUGCUGACGCUGCUAAGCGAUAAGCAUCGACACUUUUUGAAUGCGGCCGGAAUUGGCAUGAACAUGGUGCAAAAUUUUCGUACACCAAUGAAUGCAGAGGAGGCUCCCCUUGAGGCUGCGACCCCAUUUCCAACUCCGUCAACUCAACCACAUCAAAAUGCCAGUCUCAACAAGCUGCUACCCUUUAUGAAUCUGUUCUCACUCUACGAUUUGCUGCUCUCUGAUAUUGCGUUGGGGAACGCAACAACGUCAACAAUACCCAAAUACGAUUUCAUGGUACUUGAUAUUGUUGUGGAUGCUGCACUGGCUACAUACAAAUGGCGGCCACUGUUGAUAUUGGAGCAUGGAAAGGAUGUCCAUGGUCCGGGCAAUUAUGUAACACACUCCAUACAGCCGGGCUACGACGAAUGGAUUUUGGUUAGCAGCGUCAAAAUGUGGCAUUGUGGCGCCAUCUGUUGGACAAUUGCGGCAAUAUGCAUCGGUUUGCUUCUCAUAAUUGUGGCUGCCAGCGUUGCGGUCGGCGUUGCUGUAAGAAACUACUUUCUACGCAAAAGACUCUCGAAAGGACCCAACAAGAUUGUGUUAUCGCCCAGCGACUUUGUGUUUCCCGUGGACUCACGUCGGGUGGACGAGGGUAUUGAGGCCAUGCUCUGCUGUUGGUUGCAACAGCUACAGGAGUUUGGCGGUCCUGAAGUGGAUAAGCCAGAUUUACUUAAGGGCUCCAUUGGCUCCCUGAAGAACUUGGGAUUCGCGAUACCUGGAGCGACUGCAACUGGCAAUAGCAGUGGAGCAAUCGGAGCCGGAGUCGGAGUCGGAGGUGCGACCACAACGGCGACACUCAAUGGCAAAAAUGGCUCAUCGGCAACGGGCAGCUUGGCGCGUCAUAAUCCGGCGCAUUUGGACAUGAGAGCACGGUACAAUGGCGACCUGGUGCAGCUCAAGGAGAUUCAUUUAAAUGGCUCCGCUGAGUUGCGCUCCAAGGCGAUGGAUCUGCUGGUGAUGGCACAUGGAUUGCGGCACGAGAAUAUCAAUCCAUUAAUCGGCUGGCUAUCAGAUCCGAAUCGCACGGCAAUGGUCUUUGACUAUUGUUCACGUGGUUCCCUCCAGGAUGUGUUAAUCAUGGAUGAGAUCAAGUUGGACUGGUCGUUCCGGCUUAGCCUGCUCACUGAUCUUGUGCGAGGCAUGCGAUAUUUGCACACCUCACCGCUGCGCGUCCAUGGCGCCCUAACCUCCAGGAAUUGUGUUGUGGAUGCCCGCUGGGUGCUCAAGAUCACCGAUUAUGGCUUGAAUUCGUUCUACGAAUCGCAGGGCGUAACUCCCGGUCCACGCAAUGCCAAGGAGCUGCUAUGGACGGCACCAGAACUGCUGCGCACCAUGAAAACCCAUCAACAGCAGCAUCAUCAUAAUAAUCAGCAUGGACGUGUCCAGCUGGGCACACAACUGGGUGAUGUCUACUCCUUUGGCAUCAUCAUGCAGGAAGUCGUGGUGCGAGGCGAACCCUAUUGCAUGCUUUCGCUAUCGCCAGACGAUAUCAUUGCCAAAAUCAAGAAGCCACCGCCUCUGAUAAGACCAUCGGUGUCCAAAGGCGCUGCCCCACCGGAGGCUAUCAACAUUAUGCGGCAAUGUUGGGCCGAACAGCCAGAAAUGCGACCUGAUUUUAACUCUGUUUAUGAGCGUUUCAAGAUGCUUAAUCAUGGCCGUAAAGUGAACUUUGUGGACACCAUGUUCCAAAUGCUCGAGAAGUAUUCGAACAAUCUGGAGGAGCUGAUCCGCGAGCGUACCGAUCAAUUGGACAUUGAAAGAAAGAAGACUGAACAGCUGUUGAUUCGAAUGUUGCCAAGCUCCGUUGCUGAGAAACUGAAAAUGGGUUUGGCCGUUGAUCCAGAGGAAUUCUCCGAUGUUACAAUCUACUUUAGCGACAUUGUUGGUUUUACAACAAUUGCCGCCCAUUGCAGUCCCGUUCAGGUGGUGGACUUGCUCAAUGAUCUCUAUACGAUAUUUGAUGCCACCAUUAAUGCUUAUAAUGUCUACAAGGUGGAGACUAUUGGAGAUGCUUAUAUGGUCGUUAGCGGUCUGCCAGUUAAGAUACCCGAUCAUGCCGAGCAGAUUGCAACUAUGGCACUGGAUUUGCUCCAUCAAAGCGGCAGCUUUAAUGUGAAGCAUUUGCCUGGAGUGCCGCUCCAGCUACGCAUUGGACUACACACAGGACCCUGUUGUGCUGGUGUGGUGGGUCUAACAAUGCCACGCUACUGUCUCUUCGGUGAUACAGUGAACACGGCCUCCAGAAUGGAAUCAACGGGCUCUUCCUGGCGCAUUCACAUGUCGCAAGAGACGCGCGAUCGUCUGGAGGCACGUGGUGGUUACUUCAUUGAGCCUCGCGGACUUAUUGACAUCAAGGGCAAAGGCAUGAUGAACACGUUUUGGCUGCUGGGCAAGAAGGGAUUUGACAAACCGUUGCCAGUGCCGCCACCAAUUGGGGAGUCGCAUGGCCUAGACGAAUCACUUAUCCGUAACUCCAUAGGGUUAAAAGCACAAGCGAAUAAAUCGCGAACCAGCACAAAUCCUUCGUCAUCGCAGAGCUCGUCGCUGGCAGGUGAAUCUGUGGAGGUCAAAGUGGAAAUAACACCACCCACCAAUGUGGACAUGGGCUCGAGCAAUUUGCCAAACUCAUAUUCGCUAGACUCGAAUUCCACCAACACCAUUAGCCCCAAUGCGACGCUAUGUCCCGAGUUUCCCAACAAAACACCAAGCAACCCGAGUCUACAGUCAAGGAAGCUAUCGGAGCUGACGCCGGAUAGUCUGCUGAAUCCGAAUAGCUUUAAUCGGCUGCCCAGUUCCACGGGCGGAUCCAGUUCACGACUCUACAAGAAAAUCGAGGAAAUGAUGGAUCUCAGCUCACCGUAUAAUCACUACAAGUGUCUCAGUCCAAGCGAGAGCAAUCUGUCACAGUUCUAUGAUGGCAAGUAUUUGUAUAAUAAUGCCCACGGUGGGAAUGCCGCUGGAGCAGCUGGACCUGGUAGUGGAGGAUGCUCCGUUACCAGCAGCACUUCAAAGUUCGAUAGCAAGCCGGGCUCAAGUCGUCUGCUGCGUCGUCAGUUUAGCUUGGAUCGCGAUGAUCAGCAAUCCAAGGUGGAGCAGCAACAUCAACACUCAUUGCAGGCAAACAACUAUGCAGCAUUAUUAAAUGCCAGCAAGAACUCCAUGCUGGACAUACCGAUGCUCCAUGACACCUCGCGGAGUCCCAAAGGCACUUUGACCCGUGUGCAUAAACAAAACUCCAACUCGAUUGCCCAGGAUCUGGAGAAGAUUGAGGAAAUACCAUUAUCACCAGCCUCAUCGCAGCAUCACAGCAGUCUGGACAGCAAUCUCAAUCGUAGUCCACCUUCCACACUGGAGGCACAAUCUCCACCGCUGCCCUCCUUGGUUGGUGCAUCCCAGCUCAGUCCGCCUUUACUCUCGGCUCCCACGUCGCCGGCGCCGUCGCGUACUUUAAAUGGCCUAAAUGCUCACAGUCUAAGCAGCAGCAACAACAACAAUAACAGCAGCAGCAACAGCUCUAAUGUCACACAGGAGACCCAAAGACCCGGCCCAGAGAUUACAUUGAAUGUGGAGCAACUGUUGAGCAGAUAGGGCACGGUUUAGGGCCCCAGGCCUAGUAAGAACUAUUAAAGCUUUACAUAUGUAUAUCUGAUGAUACCAUGUGAGAGUCUCCGAAUUUUUGAGUGUUGUGAUGUGGAAAGCAAAGUACCUCGAUGCAUGCAAACUUGGUUCCAGCUGCAAAAUCAAAGUACAAUUUAGUUCAAGAUCUGUUUAAAUUGUGGUUACCCUGUCCGUCGAUCGAUAGCAUAUAUGGAUUAGUAUCACUUUGUCAAUCUAGUCAAUGUCAAAUAGCAGUUUAACCCAUUAAAAUUUCUAUACAAAAAACGUAUAUUUUCUAUUUCCACACCUUUCCGACUUUAAACAAUUUCAGAGUAUAAUUUUCGUAUAAUCUUUGUAAUAAA